AUGUCGCCUCUUCGUUACUGGAUGCUUGCGAGUUUGGUGCUGGUCGGACACAAUGGGGCUGAGCCCCAGGGUUCGGACCGUCGUGUGGGAGAGUAUCUAGCUCCAGGAGAUUAUAUAAUAGGAGGCUUGUUUCCCAUUUACUCUAGUAAACUUGACCUGCAAAGCGUCAAUAAAUCUGAGCACAUAUCAUGUGAAAGUUUCUACCCCCAAGGCUACCACUGGCUACAGGCCAUGAGGUUUGCCAUCGAGGAGAUAAACAACGGAACUGAGCUGCUGCCUGGCGUGCGGCUGGGAUACGAGAUCUACAACACCUGCUUCGAGUCCACUGUCGCCAUAGAAUCAGCGAUUGCCUUGUUGUCCAACAGUGAACAAGACAGCAUUGAGGUGACGUGUAACUACACUGAGUACAACACCCGAGUGGUGGCUGCCAUUGGGCCUUCCCAAUCGGAGCUGAGCAUAGUAGUGGCUCGUCUCUUCAGCUUCCUUCUCCUUCCACAGGUUAGCUAUGCCUCAUCCAGCAACGUGUUGAGCAACCGCAGGAAUUUCCCCUCAUUUUUCCGGACCAUUCCCACAGAUGAAGUUCAGGCAGAUGCCAUGGCAUCCAUUGUGUACAUGUUCCAAUGGAACUGGAUUGCGAUCAUCGGGACUGACAAUGACUAUGGGCGCCAGGGGAUCGAGCUCUUCAGCGUCCAGGCUUCCAAGAGGAAGAUCUGCGUGGCGUACGAGGACCUGAUUCCAUUGCACCUGACAGGUGUCCAAUUUAAAGCCAAACUAGUUUCCAUAGUCAACAACAUCAACUACUCCAAGAUCAAUGUGACCAUCGUCUUCUGCGACGAUCGUUUCGCUUUGGCCCUGAUAGACACUGUCCUGCAGCUUAACAUUACCGGCAAAGUCUGGAUCGCCAGUGAGGGCUGGGUGACCUCCACCUCAUUCCAGACACUCACAAAUGUUGCCAGCAUCGGCACAAUCCUGGGAGUGGCUGUCAAGACCGGCAAUAUGCCAGGCUUUGACCAGUAUGUGCUGGCUGAGGAUCCUGGCAGCUGCAUUAACCCCACUCCGACAGAAAUCUGCCACGAUAGCAAGAAACUCCACACUGAGCUGGCGGCACAAGACUGCCUGAGCCACUUUGUCCAGACACACAACGGCGUUGUUGACACACAGCCGCAGCGCAUUACCUUUAAUGUGUACAGCGCAGUGUACGCAGUGGCACAUGCGCUACACGCAUUGCUGGAGUGUGACUCGGGAAGUUGCAAGAAGAAGUCUAUUUAUCCAUGGCAGCUCCUGGAGACAUUGGCACAAGUGAACUUUACAUUGAAUGGCCAUGACAUCUACUUCACCCCAAAUGGAGAUCCGCCCACAGGAUAUGAUAUUGUUAAUUGGCACUGGAAUGGGAAGGAUCAGGAGCCUGAAUUCAGAAAAAUUGGGGAAUACAGAGCACUGUGGAAAGAGCUGGAUAUUAACGUGUCCCAAAUCCAGUGGAACACUCCUGGGAACCAGUGGCUCAAAGCCCUGACAGACAAUAAGGAAACGUUUCUUUUUGACUUUCAGAUUCCAGUUUCGAACUGCUCCACCAGCUGCAAGAUGGGGCAAGUGCGCAUGUUGAAGGGUUACCAGUCCUGCUGCUAUGAGUGUGUUGACUGUCCAAAGAAUACCUUCCAGAAUCAAAUGAAUAAAUGCAUAGCGUGCCGGAGUGAUCAGUGGUCAAAGGAACGGAGCGUGGAAUGUCACAACAAAAGCAUUGCAUUCUUGGAAUGGACAGACUCACCAACCAUCGUCCUCAGCACCAUGGCCGUGCUGGCCCUCCUCGUCAUCAUCUCGGCAGUCGCUAUCUUCAUUGUCCAUUUUCACACACCCAUUGUGCAGUUUGCUGGUGGCAGCCUGUGCUUUGUGAUGCUGGUGUCCCUGGCAAUCUCCUGCUGCAGUAUCUUCUGCUUUGUGGGCUGCCCUACCCAGCUCUCAUGCACCAUAAGACAACCCAUUUUCAACAUCGGCUUCACCGGCUGCUUAUCAGUCAUGUUGACCAGAGCUUUCCAAGUGGGAUCGUUGUGUGGGACAUCCAGCAUUCCACCCACAUUGUGCCCCAAGCUGAUCAUUGCCAGCAUGAAAUAUUUAGUGGUUGCUUUCAUUAUUAUGUGUCAGGCGGCACUGUGCACGUGGCAGUUCAGCUUACCACCCACUGUGUUGAAUAAUUACAAUGUCUCUGAGACUCAAAUAGUUGUCGAGUGUUCUGAGAGCUCAUUGUCUGGCUUUGGGCUGUUGGUGGCUUACAAUGCAUUGCUAGGCCUUGCAUGCUUCCUGUGUACGUUCAUGGGCCAGCGCUCAGGGCAGGCUUACAACCUGGCUCGCUGCAUCAUGCGCUCCACACUCAUCUACUUUGCUGCCUGGAUAUUCUUCAUCCCCACCUACACCAGCUUCAGUGGCAAGCUGGUGCCAUGUAUCCAGAUGUCCACAGGUAUGAUCAGCAUCUAUGGCAUUCUCGUAGCCUAUUUUAUCCCCAAAUGUUACAUUAUUCUCUUCAAACCAGAAUACAACACCCAGUCCAACUUCCAAAGCUCCCCUGACAACCUCUCCUCCAAAGAGAGGGAACAGUGACCUGGAUACCCAGUGCUUCUUGUCAGAUUGAGUAAACUGCAUUGCAUGUGCCCUAGAGCUCAUUAAAGCUGCUCCUUAAUUUACUGGGAACACGUUUUGCCUUUAUUUUAGGUAAACUUUGUAUUCAUGUAGGUAGGGGAUGUUAGCGCUGAGAAACAGACACCUUCCAAUUUUACCCAAGUUAGCGACAGCAAGGGCGAGAGACAGACUGAGCACGACUAUCUCAGUGCCUCUACACUUUCCACGCCAACAUUAGUGAUACAGCAUGGGUUAGAGACAGAGAAAAGCUCCAGCUACACUGUCCAUCCAGCACUCCAGUCUGAGCUCGAAUUUUAAAAUCAA